CUUACCCAACACAACGAGUUAUACAUACGUACUUGCAGCUCCUAGACACGAGCGGAUACAAAGAAGAUACAUCAUUCUCCACUGCUCGCUAUUUUCUCGUACCUUCGCUCUCACCUUGCACAAGCAGCUACACCGCCAUCUUUUCCUCGUCUAUAUAUACACAAGAGCACGUCUCUCUUCAAUUGGCUCUCUAGUUGGACUCGUUUGUUGAUCGCAAAACGCAGUAUGCGCAUCCGCUAUCUCCUUACCGGCCUCAUCGGUCUUUUCGCCCUCUCGUUUGCGGCCCCAACCUCUGGAAAUGAUGCGUCUCCCGCGGCCGCCGCCGACGUUACCACUGAUGCCUCGCUCGAGCUUGGCAAAGUGCGUCUCUGCACCGGUCGUCGUGGUCAGAGUACUUGCGUCGAAGUCAACGCUCACAUGAACUGCCAGCAACUGCGAUCCCCAGUUCGCUACAAUGUCCAGUCUAUCGUCCAGAGCCGGGGCAGCUUGUGCUCCUACUUUCAGGACAAUGAGUGCAACAACACUGCCUUCACGGUCGAUUCUGGCAGGAGUGAACACUCCGUCGAUAUCAGCCUCAAGUGGUCGCCCGUACUGACUGGCCUUAUCUGCAUCCCAGGCGCAAAGGUUGAGGCGACGGACACAAUGGUCGUCACCGCAACAGAUUCGUCCCCGCUCAGAUUCCAGACUGAGUCACACUCUAGAUUCCACGUGCGUCUCUGCACCGAACCAAAUGCUUACGGUCACUGCCUCGAGUUUCCGGCUCAGUUCACAUGCUUUGCGCUCAGGGCUCCCUUCCGUAACAACUUGAAGUCGUGGACUCUGUCAACGAACAUAGUGUGUGAGUUCUAUACUGGCGACAGUUGCGUCCUCUCGUAUCGCGUGUUCGGCGCCAGCAACUUCGGUUCAAAGGAGGACUGGACGAGCAACAUGCCCAGCAACUAUUCGGCCAUCAUCACAGGCGUCCACUGUGUCGAUUACAACAGGGGAGCAGCGGUCGGCGCUCUCGACUCCAGGGAACCCAACAUGAACGCGCCCACCGCACCAGCCGCAACUCCCCCCCACACCAACUCCGUGCCCAACACCAUCUCGCACUCUCCGAAGCGACCUUCGCCCACCUCCCCGGCCGGCGACGCGCUCCUCUGCGCCACUGACAUCAGCACGGGGCCCUGCUUCAAAGUCACCGCGACAACGCACUGCGCCGACAUCGUCGGGCCCGUCGACGGCAACGUGCGCACCAUCUACCAGAACAAGGGAUCCGUGUGCGAGUUCCACGAGGGCGACGCCUGCGGCGCCCGGCUCGGCACUACCAACUCGUCGCGACACAGCAUCAUUGUCAGCGUGCCGGAGCAGAUCGCGAGCCGCAUGGGUUCGGUGGUGUGCUCGCCAUCGGCGGUGCGCGGCGCGGCUUCUGAGGUGGGGGGCGGUGUUGCGUUCGAUGCGCCGUUCGUGGUCGACACGGAUGUGCCUGUGAACUGAAUGUGGGUUUUACUCGUUGGCGAGCUAAGGUGCAUCGGACACGGGUCUUAAUAAACCGUCGGGUUA